CAUCCGGUCAGUUAGAGCUCUGAAGACACCUUAAGGCAAGCAGGAUGAUUUCCAGAGUGUGGUUGUUAUUGUGGUUCUGUGGUUUAACUUUGGCUCAGGAUGGGUUUCCUGAAACAGAAGUGACCGCUGAAACAGAGUCAUGCUUUCCUAAUAUGUGCAAGUUCCUCAAAGAGUUUGGGGCCAUAAAAGAGAAACAAAAAACUAUGGAAACAAGCAUGAACGAGAAGCAGGAGGCUCUUGAAACAAAGCUGAAGGAGACUGAAAAACUGGUUCUGGAGCUGAAGGAGAAAGAAGCACAAAAGGUCGUAUUCAGUGGCGCAGCAGGGGGAAGUGGGUCUAUUGGGCCUUUUACCACAGAUACAACCAUAAUCUACAGAACAGUGAUAACAAAUGUGGGCAAUGCUUACAAUCAGCACACAGGUAUUUUUGCUGCACCUGUUGCAGGUACAUAUUACUUCACCUUCUUUUAUCAUGCCGGAGGAUCAGAAGCUGUAAGUCUAGCCCUUAUGAAGAACAAUGAGGUUAUUGUGACUGCCUACGACCAUAAGACAUCUCAUGAUGGGGCUGAUAAUGGAGGAAAUGCAGCAUUUCUGCAACUGCAGCAAGGAGACCAUGUCUAUAUGCGGUUGGGUCCUAAUACUAAUGUCUGGGGGGACAGCCAUAUCACUACAUUCAGUGGGAUUCUUCUGCAUUUCCCCUGAAAUGAAGUACAGUAUACAGGAGUUUUUUUUGUUUGUUUUUAUCAAUUGACCAAUGUAAAUAAAAUUGCAUUAUCACAUUAAUAUUUCUGGUCCUUUGAUGCUGUAUGUGGACCCACUGGAAUUAACCGAGAUAAAAAUGUAUCAAAUAAAGAAAAGAUCUUUAACAGUU